UGCAGCCAAGGAGUCGCUCUCAAAGUCUGGCUACUGUUCCCCAGCCUCCCUCUCGGACUGCUUCCUAACCCGGCGGGGACGCACAGAGUGAAAAUGGUCCAUCAUUCAGGCUCCAUUCAAUCCUUUAAACAGCAAAAAGGUAUGAAUAUAAGCAAGAGUGAGAUAGCAAAAGAAACUCCCUUAAAACCUUCUCGGAGGUCGCUGCCUUGCCUGGCCCAGAGCUUUGCCUACUCAAAGAGCCUGAGCCAGUCCACCUCACUCUUCCAUUCCAUUGAGAGUGAACCUCCGGCUCACACUUCUGUGACCUCAAUCUCCACUGACAAAGCAGAGCAAGUUAACCCUGAGGAAGAUAAAAAAGACUCCGUGCUUAAAUGCUCUUUUGCUGACCUCAGUGAUUUUUGCUUAGGCCUAGGAAAAGAUAAGGAUUACCUGGAUGAAUCAGAACAUGCUAAUUAUGACCGAUCUCGGCUAAUUAAAGAUUUUGUUCCCAAAGAUGAUUCUGAGUCCAAGAAAAGAUUGUCUAAGAAUGACAUGAAUUACAUAGCAUCCAGUGGACUUCUAUUCAAAGAUGGCAAAAAGCGGAUUGAUUACAUUCUGGUUUAUAGAAAGUCAAAUAUACAGUUUGACAAAAGAAACACAUUUGAAAAGAACCUCAGGGCAGAAGGCUUGAUGUUGGAAAAGGAGCCAGCCGUUGCAAAUGCUGAUAUCAUGUUUAUUAAAAUUCACAUUCCAUGGGACACAUUGUGCAAGUAUGCAGAGAGGCUGAAUAUCAGGAUGCCCUUCAGGAAAAGAUCCUACUACACUGACCCUCGGAGCAAAUCAACGGGCAGUAUGCACAAUUAUUUUAGAAGACUCAAAAAAUGGAUGUCCCAAAACCCAAUGGUUCUGGACAAGUCAGCUUUUCCAGACCUGGAGGAGUCAGACUGCUACACUGGCCCCUUCAGCCGUGCGCGGAUUCACCACUUCAUAAUAAACAAUAAGGACACCUUCUUCAGCAAUGCUACUCGAAGCAGGAUAGUCUACCACAUGCUUCAGCACACCAAAUAUGAAAAUGGAAUAUCAAAAGUGGGUAUCUGUAAACUGAUAAACAAUGGCUCAUAUAUAGCAGCUUUUCCCCCGCAUGAGGGAGCCUACAAGAGUAGCCAGCCCAUCAAAACACAUGGACCUCAGAAUAACAGACAUCUAUUAUAUGAGCGCUGGGCACGCUGGGGAAUGUGGUACAAGCACCAGCCCCUGGAUUUAAUCAGGCUGUAUUUUGGAGAGAAGAUUGGGCUAUACUUUGCGUGGCUGGGAUGGUAUACUGGAAUGCUGAUUCCUGCAGCACUGGUUGGCUUGUGUGUUUUCUUCUAUGGAAUAUUUACAAUGAAUGCAAGUCAAGUAAGCAAAGAAAUUUGCAAGGCUACUGAAGUCUUCAUGUGCCCUCUCUGUGAAAAGAACUGCUCACUACAGAGACUCAACGAAAGCUGUAUCUAUGCCAAGGUGACAUACUUGUUUGAUAAUGGAGGGACAGUCUUCUUUGCUAUUUUUAUGGCAAUAUGGGCCACAGUUUUCCUGGAGUUUUGGAAAAGAAGAAGAAGUACAUUGACCUAUACUUGGGACCUUAUUGAAUGGGAAGAAGAAGAGGAAACACUUCGUCCCCAGUUUGAAGCAAAAUAUUACAAGAUGGAGAGAGUGAAUCCCAUUAGUGGAAAACCUGAGCCACAUCAGCCUUCUUCAGACAAAGUCAGCCGUCUUCUUGUUUCUAUAUCAGGAAUAUUCUUCAUGAUUUCUUUGGUGAUCACUGCAGUGUUUGCAGUGGUGGUGUAUCGCCUGGUUGUCAUGGAACAGUUUGCAUCCUUCAAAUGGAAUUUCAUCAAACAACACUGGCAGUUUGCAACAUCUGCUGCUGCUGUCUGUAUCAAUUUUGUAAUCAUCAUGGUCCUGAAUCUUGCUUAUGAAAAAAUUGCUUAUCUUCUCACUAAUUUAGAAUAUCCUCGAACAGAAUCUGAAUGGGAAAACAGUUUUGCCCUGAAGAUGUUCCUCUUCCAGUUUGUUAAUUUAAACAGUUCUAUCUUCUAUAUCGCUUUCUUUUUGGGGAGAUUUGUAGGCCACCCAGGAAAUUACAAUAAACUUUUUAACCGGUGGAGGCUGGAGGAAUGUCAUCCUAGUGGCUGUUUGAUAGACCUCUGCCUCCAGAUGGGUGUUAUCAUGUUUUUGAAGCAAAUAUGGAACAAUUUCAUGGAAUUGGGAUAUCCGUUGAUCCAGAACUGGUGGUCACGACAUAAAAUCAGGCGGGGAAUACAAGAUGCUUCUAUACCUCAGUGGGAAAAUGAUUGGAAUCUGCAGCCCAUGAAUAUUCACGGACUAAUGGAUGAAUACUUAGAAAUGGUUUUGCAAUUUGGUUUUACCACCAUAUUUGUUGCAGCUUUCCCUCUGGCCCCUCUUUUGGCUUUGUUAAACAACAUCAUUGAAAUCAGGCUGGAUGCAUACAAAUUUGUCACCCAGUGGCGGAGGCCUCUGCCGGCCAGAGCAACUGACAUAGGUAUCUGGUAUGGAAUUCUUGAAGGAAUUGGUAUACUGGCUGUGAUCACCAAUGCAUUUGUAAUUGCUAUCACAUCUGAUUACAUCCCACGUUUUGUCUAUGAAUACAAAUAUGGCCCCUGUGCAGGUCAUUUUGAAUAUGGUGAAAAUUGUUUAAAGGGAUAUGUCAACAAUAGCCUAUCCUUCUUUGACCUGAGUGAGCUUGGCCUGGGAAAAUCUGGUUAUUGCAGGUACCGAGACUACAGAGGUCCCCCUUGGAGUUCCAAACCUUAUGAGUUCACCUUACAGUACUGGCACAUCCUCGCUGCUCGGUUGGCCUUCAUUAUCGUGUUUGAGCACCUUGUGUUUGGAAUCAAGUCAUUCAUUGCAUACCUGAUUCCAGAUGUACCGAAGAACCUUUAUGACCGAAUACGACGGGAAAAGUACUUAGUCCAAGAAAUGAUGUAUGAAGCUGAGCUAGAGCAUUUGCAACAACAGCGAAGAAAAAGUGGUCACCCUGUUCACCAUGAAUGGCCUUAGUAGAUACCUAUUGCCAAGUGGGGGCAAUGCCAUCAGUGGGAAUGAUAGCAACUUCCAAGUCUAGGUGGGAGCUAGGAGGAAAGCAUUCCUGCCAAAACAUGCGUCUAAUAUGAUACUUGGAAAUGCAUCACAGCCAUCUCUUGGAUUUAGAAUAUCCAAACAUCCAGGGAAAAGGAAAAGGUGACUCGGGACAUUAAAAAUGACUAGGUUGGCACUGUAGGAAGCCAGGAUCUAAUUCUCAGAAGAAGCCUCAGGGAAUUGUGUGUUUGGAGACCUCCACCUUCCACCAGCUAUAGCGUAAUCCAAAAGGGCGACGGUGAGGUUUCCAGAGACAGAUUUCCAUGUAAAUGCUCACAAGCCAGACAUGUGUGGUGUUUGCUCACAUGCUAAUCUGACAUUGGAACCUUAGCUUGAGUUGAGAUACUAAUAAGAAAUGACUAAAGUUGUUGCCUUUGUUGCCAGAAAUCCAGGUCCCUUCAGUUUACACGUUCACAAGAAUGUCCCUUGUUUCUUGCUGAGAUUAUGGAUCUGUGCCACAGGAAAUUUAUGCUGCUCUACAUUGACUAUGCAGUGGAGGAGUUGCACAUCAGCUUUAGUUGUCGAACCAAAAAUCAGAGAUUCUUAAAAGAAUACUAUUCAUUAAAAUAACAUUCUAAUCAAAUCUGUUGUAUCACUGGCAUAACCAAUUGCACUAGAUUUCUUUUAUACAAAAUGCCAAAAGAGCCACAUACUUAUAAAAUAUGGAUGUUUAUUCUCAUAUCAUUUACAAUAAUACUAAUUCAUAUUUAACCAUGGAAGGUUAUUUUAUUGUAUAUUUAAUUUUUCCCUUUCUCAUUUAUUAUAUCAACUCUCACAGAAUAAUUUGAAAUGCUGUAAAUAUUUUGGUUUCCCUUGUAUCUUUGCACCUUGACAAUAUGUAAUGCGAGUUAGUUUAUGCAGCUCUGAGACCAGUUACAUCGUACACCAUUGUGACUUGUUAUUCAGGAAAACUAAAGCCAGAUGCUUUGCAACUCUUAUGCUUUUCCACCAAUGUUCACUCUUGCUCAUGAGCUAAUGAAAACAAUGCAUGAAUAUAAAUGUAUAUUAUUUGUAAAACUGGCACACAUAUUUUUGAGUUUUCCUCUCUUUUCAUUACUGAAGGGAGUUUUCAGUUAGUAUUUCUUUGAUAGAUUGAUUUGGUUUAUUUUUGAAAACUCUAGGGAAAAAAAAGGCAAAUUAAUUGUGAAAAAUUUGCUUUGUUGUGGAAUUGCUCUUUCAAUGUCAACUCUGUAUCAGUCAGUGUGACUGCUCACAGAUGGAUGAGGUUGGAAGGAUGGGACAUUGAGCUAAAGAAUGUCUGGUGAAGGUAUAAGCUAUGGGGGCAGGAAGAGAAGAAAGAGAAGAGUUGAAUUAAGAAAUGUAUGGUAGAAUUCAAGAUACUUUUUCUUACAAAUCAGUCAAAGCUAAUCUCAGUUUUACUUCCCUGGGAAUGAGGUGAGAAAUAAUACAUACACAUUUAUACAUACAUUUGGUUAUUAUUAUUUGUCCAAUUUUUGUCCAAUUAAACAAAGCACAGUAUUUUUCAAAAUUUAUUAAGGCCAAAUUAAACACAAUGGAAAUAAAGCUGAUGUUGUAUAUAUGCUAGGUUUUCUCUAGUAAGAAAAUUUUAAAGUUUUUCUUACUAGGAAACUAUUUUUAUAAUUCUAACACUGAAAAAAUGACUUUUCCUUCUUUCCUAGGAAAAAGCUGAUAGAUAAUAUUGGUUGGUUGGUUUUUGCAAAAAUGUUCACUUCCUUACUUGUCUUCUGAUUUGGAGCAAGAGGAAGUGCCUCAGAUUCUAAAUGUCCCUACAUGCCCUUUGCCACAUACAACUCUUCCAUUCAGAGUCCACAGAUGUUCUGUUUCUGCCAUCUGGUUAUCAUAGCAACUAACUACACAAAGGAGUUUUAAACUCCUCUCUUGCCAUAGAAUCUGCAUUUGCUCUUUUUUCUUAGUUGAAUGUAUACACAUACCUGAGAAUAAAUACUUUCUAUGCUCAUUAAAGACAUAAAUGUCUUUUCCAAAUUAGGGACACAUGACAAAGACAUUUAUCUUAUGGUAGAGAAAAGAGUAUUGAUAGCCAUGCCAUUAAGAAUUCUUCUCUUUCUGGAUUAUUUUUAUAUAAACACCAUAAAAGUUUAAAGUCACAUUGAUUGGCUAGAGAGAAAAUAUGAAAAACAAGAA